AUGGAUCCAAUAUUCGAACCCAUUUUCGAUUUCAGUGAAAACAUGGCGGGUUAUCCGUUUAGUUUUUCGAAACCUCAGACUUAUUGGGAUGAAGCGUUUCGUCGGGAGCCCGCGUAUGAUGCGUCUAGGAUAUUCCAGGACAUCUUCGGGGAUCAAUUCCCUUUUCCUCGUGAUUCAUUCCCAAACAACUUUCCCAGACCGUUUUGGAUGACACCAGGUUAUGUUGCUCCAGCGUAUCCAAGAAGGGACUAUAUUUUGGACCAAGAACCCGGACCAUCCUCUUCUUCAGGCUCGUUCUACUCAUCUACAUAUUCCUCCGAUUCAAAUGGGCAACGUUACGAGUCGAUUAAAGCCUCUGUCAAGCAGCCAGAUGGAGUGGUAAUCAAUAAGGAGAUAAUAAGAAAAGACGGACGAGAAGUAACUACUACAACCACAAUCUAUCCCGACGGUCGUCAGGAAUCGAGAACCGAGACUAGUGAAGGCGUGAUAACUGACUCCCCUCUCGUCCUCAUGCCUUCCCCCGAGGAUAUCUUCAAGAGGGACGGGAUCUUCUCAAACCUCCGUCGCUGGUUCGGAUUCUAA